GUGAUUGUACAAUUACCCAGUUUCUUUCAUCGUCAACCAUGAGCAAGCCUCUAUAAAAGGUCCCAAACGCCCAAACCCUCCCGUCGCUUCCACGCCUGUUUUUCCGCUCAACAACGUAUUACCCCGCCAUGGACGACGCCCGCAAAGGCGACGCCGCGCUCAGCGCAAGCAAGCCCGAAGAAGCGAUUGAGCACUACACCAAGGCUCUUUCAGUCAACCCCGCAGCCGUCAAGUACUACAUCGGUCGCGCCACAGCUUACCAGCGUACUUCCAAAUAUGCCGAGUCCCUCAGCGACGCCGAACUCGCCGUCGUCUUCGCUAAGAAACGCGGCUCCCGCGAACUCAUCAAGGACGCCCAAUUCCGACGCGCCGUCGCCUUGUUCCACCUCGGAAAAUACGCAGAUGCCGAGUACUUGCUGAAGAUUGUGAAGGGGCUUGAUGAAAAGGACAAGAUGCUGCCCAUCUGGGAGGCCAAGGUCGCAACCAAGCUGAAGGAUGUUCCGCAGGACGAUGAGAAGAGGAGCAUCACUAUCAAGGAGACACCAGACGUCGACAUGCCCAGUACUCCAGCACCUGCUGCACCCCCCAAGGCUUCAGAGCCCGCCUCGACCCCAGUCCAGGCCCCGAAGCCUGUUGCGCCGACCCCGAAAGACAAGAUCAAGACUGACUGGUACCAGUCGCCUGAAGUUGUCACGCUUACUAUCAUGGCCAAAGGCAUACCCAACGACAAACUGAGCGUCGAGUUCGAAGAACGAUCCGUGUCUGUCUCGUUCCCCAUCGUCGGCUCAUCGUCAGAAUACAGCUACAGCGCCGACCCUCUAUACGAAAAGAUCGACCCCUCGCAAUCCAAAUUCCGAGUCACGCCCACCAAGUUGGAGAUUACAAUGCGAAAGGCAACUACCGGUCUGAAAUGGCAUGACCUCGAGCACCCCGAUGGCCACGUUACCACUACCCAAGCCCCCGAUGCGACCCUCGCCGUCCGCACCACCAAGGACACAGCUCCCGCAUACCCAACAUCCUCCAAGUCAGGUGCAAAGAAUUGGGACAAGGUGGUAGUCAAUGAUCUCGACGACAAAGACGAAAUUGAAGGCGAUGAGACAUCGCACUUUUUCAAGCAGCUGUACAGCGGCGCUACACCUGAGCAGCAGCGCGCCAUGAUGAAAAGCUACCAGGAAAGCGGUGGUACAGUGUUGAGCACCGACUGGAGCAACGUUGGCAACAAGACCGUGGUACCCGAACCACCUGAGGGCAUGGAGGCUAAGAAAUAUUCUGAAUAAUAUACGCCUCGCAGCCAAAGUACGAGUGUUUUCUUUCUUCGUCCUCAUCAUAUGAAGCAUAGCAAGGUGUUUUUGGGUAGGCAAUGGGAUUCAUGACCACGUAGCGCACGUAGGAUACAACAUGGUAUCAUGUACUGGUAUCUAAGAUGUUUCUCUGAAUGAUUUUGCAGCAUUUCAGACCUUGCUGAUGACACAAAGAAACUCGUGACCUCGCGUCAUGCAUGCACCGA